CGCUUUGGCUUCAUAAAUCAAAACAGUUUCGCGGCACGAGUAUAGCGAGAUGUCAGAGUUGAAGGAACAAACCCUAGGAGAUGAGCAAAGACCAGUCAAUCAAAACCCUAACCAAAACCAUGACCAAUCGCAUGAAUGGGAGACAAUGGCUCGAGCUUGGAUCUCUGCGUUCCCGGAGGCCAAAGCAGUGAGUACUAGCGAAAUUGAGGUAUGGAUCGACUCAAAUCGUGGCUCUUUGCCUGCCGAUCUUCAAUCAAUGCCGAAAUCCGACCUCGUUGACAGGCUUCUGUCUAUUCAAAAUUACUUUAGAUUUCCCAAUCAGGUAAUAGAAUCAAAUCAGGUUGAAUAUCAGAAUCGAUUUCAACGAACUGAUCAAUGGAUUCCAGUUUAUUCCUGGCUGGAGUCUCUAGAUAGAGAAGAGGUCGUCAAGUCCAAAGAUAUUUCUGACUGGCUAACUGCGAACCCAGAGAUCAAAGAACAGCUGUGCUCGAGACAUUCUCGAUACCAUUUGAUGCACUACAUUAAAAAGUGCCAUUUAAAGAUAUUGAAGAGAAGGGAAAAGAAGAAGCAACCCAACCUAUCAACUUCUCCAAAGGUUCAGACUACUGUUGCAAAGGCAAAUCAACCAGCUCCACCACCAUGUAUGGCUCCUACAAAUAAUCCUUUGAGCAAUUUUCCCAAAGAUAGUGACGUCUAUGUUGCUAAACGAAAAGAGGCUUUACAAAAAUAUGAGAUUUUGUUGGAGCUGGAGAGAAAGCUCUCUCCUCACUUCUCCAAGCGUCAAUGUUUGAACAAUUGAAGCGAUCCGGAAAGGAAUUGUACUGCCUUGACUGAUAGAUGUGAAUUAGCAGAGGCUUCAAAGCUUGGUGGAUUGUAUUUCAUUACUUUGUAAGUUUGUAUAUAACUAAGAAUUUUUCUUAGAAUCCUCCAAGCUAACCCUUCUGACUUUUGUCAGGGUAUAGAAGAACAUUUUUCAUGUUGGUUCUGACGAGCAUUGGAUUUUUAUCUAUACGAGUUUCUCUUCUCUUA